AUGGGAAAAAGGGUGCUGGACUCAAAGGGCCUCGAGUCUGAUCCUGCACCAGAUUUUUCUGCUGUUCUCCUGGUGCCAUGCAUGUGGUGCUGCGAUAAGCGUCACUUGCAUUCUCCCUGUCCUGUUCAGAGCCGGAAGUACGAGGCUGAGACGAGGGUGCAACAUCCCGGGAACGGCUGGGCAAAGGAGGAGUUGGCACUGUCUCUGGAACUUCCCCUAACAGGUCCUCUGCAGGAGCUGGGGGCGGCGCGCUGUGUUCCUCAGAGAUCGCGCCUUUCGUGGGAACUGGCUGGAGUUUGGACUCACCCCCUCGCUCAAGACCUGUCGGCUGAAUGCAAGAAUACCUCAGUGGUGGCACUCAACCUCCAGCCAUAUUAUGUAGCACAAAAUGUCAGCAACAAACUUCUGUGUGUGUCUAAUUGCAGCGUUUUGCACCCCAACACCUUCAGCUGUAUGAAUGGGAACUGCUACAUCAAAUCUGACGGGCCAAACUGCUACUGUGAGCAGUCAGACUCUUACUGGUACGUGGGCAACCGCUGUGAGCAAAGCAUCAGCAAAGUAGGGGUAGCCGUGGGGGUGGCCCUUGGCCUGGCAGCCCUGCUGCUGCUCAUCCUCAUCUUGGCCAUACUUCUCUGCUGGAGGCGCUGCUGCCGGAGGGAGAAAGGACACAGGGUGGAGAAUCCGGCUCCUGACGAGGAGAGCUUGUACGAGAACGAGCCGGAGUGGGUGGCCCGGCCCCGAGGCCCCGCCGCAAGCGCCCCACCGAUGGCCGACAGCAGCGAGCCAGAGCCUGGUGCCGGCGGGAGCAGCGGCGCCGACGAAGACAGCGGCCCCUCCUCGGAGAAGGGCUCCUUCCGGCCCCGCCUGGACAAAGUGGACACUUCCCUGCAGACACGCAUCGCUCGGCCCCACGUGACACGGCUGUGAUGAAGUCUGGAAACGGGGUGGCAAUGAGACAGAAGACUGGUCUGGCCCUGAUGCACAGGGUUUGCACAGGGUUGUCCCAGGAGUCCGGAUCCACCAUGCAGGAAGAGGCAGUGCAGCUGCAGUGACAGGAAGGGGCUGCUGUGUCACCUUCCUGCCCACUGUUCCAACUUAGGAGUGGGGUGUUGUUGCCCCCUUGAACGCCAGUGCCCUUCUUCCUCUGAGCAGAGCACAGCGACACUGGAAGAAGAAAAAACAGUCUUGUGAGGGCUUGCACACAAAGACUGGACUUGCACAAGCACUCACAUCAGGGAGAGACUUUGCUCCGUGGCUGGAUUCCAAGGCCAGCGGGUGCAGGAGCCUCCUUGCAAGGGUCUCGCACUGUCUCUGCAGGCCAGGGACCGUGGCUAGCACUUUUGGAACAAUCAUGGCCUCCCUCUUUUCGCUGACUUUCUUUUGCCUUCCUCUUUUUCCCCUUUCCAUCCUGGCUCUGGUUUCCUUCUCCUCCCCCCUGCCACCAGCUCCCCCGGUUUCUGGCUUUCUUCUGCUCCCUCCAUCAACGUAAACUGCCCCCCCAUCUAUUCCAGUUUAGCCCCUAAUGCACCUGUAGCAACACUGAUGAUCCACAGUGUAAUGCAUCAGCAUGCACAGCAGUGCAUUCUGGGAUGAACCACCCGUGUGCAGUGCAGCUUGGUGGGUUGAUGAGUGAAGCUGAGGGGGCACCCUUGUGCUGACGGUUGCCAGGGCUGUGUGGGUCCCUUUGAGGGGGGCAUGUCUCCCCAAGUAUUGCAGAGCAUGAUGAUUUCAACUGCUAUCACCCCUCCCCCCAUAGCCAGUGUCUAAGGGGGCUCCAAGAGGGAGCACAUGGGAGCCUGUUCUUUUUUUUCAAUAAGAGGUGGGUGGUGGGAACCUCAAAGGAGGGGGUGCCCUCUCCAGGAAACUGCCUGCCACUUUUCUUUCCCUGGGUCAGUUUGGUCCCGUGGCCUCCGUGGUCUGCCCUCUAGGGGUUCUUUGCCACGCACACGCCCCCUCUUGUCCGGCAUUUGACUUGAUCAAAUUCAGAGUGCAAUAUAGGGUGAAAUGCCAGUUCUCACUUGCCAGAUAAAUUAUGAUGAUGAUGUCAACACUGAUUGAUUCAUUGAGGGGAAAAUAAAGGAAGUGAAGCAAAAGCCUUCUUGUUCUUUUGUG